GCGCGCAUCUUUGGGGUAUUUUUUGUGGAACUCUAUCGCUUUUCAAACAGAUGGAAAUGGCUAAUUUCGUUGUACUUCUACCUGUUCUCCUUAUUGUGAAACCAGUUUUAGGUUUUGGAAUAGAUCCUGACAUUCAAAUUGACAUUAUCAACGAGCUGGACACGGCAAACGCAACAUUUGGAAUAACCCAAGUCGCAGGUCUCCACAACAACAGCAAAGCCUUUUUAUUCAGAGAUGUGGGAAGGGCGGUUCAUGCACCGGUGCACAUCACUGACAAGGUGUUGGAGCUCUUCAGGAGCAGAACAGAGUUCACCUUCCUGGCUACCAUACAACAGAAGUCCUCCACGUCAGGGGUCCUCUUCUCCAUACACGAGUCUGAACACAGCUACUUUGAGCUGGAGAGCAGUGGUGUGCGAGAGGAGAUCCGCUACCACUACCGCUUCAAGGGGAAGCCACGCUCCGAGUCCUUCCCCUACCGCCUGGCUGACGGGCAGUGGCACAAGAUCGCCCUCUCCAUCAGUGCAUCCCACCUCUUGCUGCAUGUGGACUGCAACAGGAUAUAUGAGCGAGUGAUAGACCCUCCCCAGAUGAACCUGACACCUGGAAGUGGAGUAUGGCUCGGGCAGCACAGCCACAAGCACGGCCUCUUCAAGGGCAUUAUGCAAGACGUCAAAUUCGUUUUCGCUCCAAAUGGAUACAUAACUCAGUGCCCGAACCUCAACCGCACCUGUCCGACGUGUAGUGAUUUCUUAAGCCUGGUGCAAGGCAUCAUGGAUCUGCAGGAGCUGCUGGCCAGAAUGACAUUGAAGCUGAAUUAUGCGGAGUCCAGACUCUCUCAGCUGGAGGGCUGCCACUGUGAGCGGACCUGCAGCAUCAACGGCAUGGUGUACCGCGACAAGGAGCUGUGGGUGGAGCCAGAGAACUGCAGGAACUGCGUCUGCAAGAACGGUGUGGUUGAGUGCCGGAGAAUAUUCUGCCCGCCGUCCAACUGUUCAGAGGACUCCCUUCCCGUACACCAGGAGGGAAGCUGCUGCAGGAUAUGCAGACCGACGUGCAGCUACAUGGGCGAUGUGUUGUCUGAGGGCCAGCGGGUUUUGACAAAGAGCUGCAAGGAAUGCAAGAAUGGCUUGAUGAUAAAAGUUGCGGAGAGCUGUCCCGUCCUCAACUGCACAUCAGAGGAUCAAGUUCUACCUGAGAGCAGGUGCUGCAACGUCUGCAGAGGUCACGACUUCUGUGCUGAGGGAGUUAUUUGUGGAGAAAACUCGGUGUGUAAGAACCAAGAUACCAAAGCCAAGUGUGAAUGCAGGAGUGGCUUUGCCUCCGUCCAUGGGGACUCCACAGACUGCGAAGAUAUAGACGAGUGUGCGACCCAGAUGCAUUACUGCCAGGCCAACACGGCGUGUGUGAAUCUCCCUGGAGGACACCGCUGCGACUGCCUGCCAGGCUUCAUCAGAGUGGACGACUACUCCUGCACAGAGCAUGACGAGUGUGCAAGUGAGCAGAGCUCCUGUGAUGACAAUGCCAUCUGCACCAACACCAUUCGGGGCCACCUGUGUACCUGCAAGCCUGGUUACGUGGGCAACGGCACCAUCUGUAGAGCGUUUUGUGAAGAGGGCUGUCGUAAUGGAGGAACGUGUGUGGCUCCAAACACCUGCGUCUGUCCCUCCGGCUUCACGGGCCGUCUCUGUGAGACAGACAUUGAUGAGUGUGCGGAGGGUCUGAUCCAGUGUGAGAACCACUCCCGCUGCGCCAACCUGCCCGGCUGGUACCACUGCCAGUGCCGAAGCGGUUACCACGACAACGGAUCCUACCUGCUGGACGGCAGCUCCUGUGUCGACAUAGACGAGUGUGCCACGCAGACACACACCUGCUGGAACGACUCGGUGUGUGUGAACUUGCCGGGUGGCUACGACUGCAUGUGCACGGUGGGGCCUGAGUGCACCGGUGACUGCCCUCACGAGGACGGACUCAAGCGGAACGGGGACGAGUGGAGCCUAAGCCAUGACCGCUGCUCAAUGUGCUCCUGCAAGGAUGGGCGUGUGUUCUGCCGGCGGAAGGAGUGUGACUGCGAGGAGGCGGAGGUGGACCUGUUCUGCUGCCCGGAGUGUGACAGCCGCCUCAGCAGCCAGUGCCUCCACCAGAGCAGCCACACGCUCUACCGCAGCGGAGACACCUGGAUAUACAGCUGCCAGCAGUGCCGAUGCCUGGAGGGGGAGGUGGACUGCUGGCCACUGUCGUGCCCGCCACUCCCCUGCGCCUACACGGCCAUGGCGGAGGGGGAGUGCUGCCCGCGCUGUGUCACCGACCCCUGCCUGGCCGAUAACAUGGCCUACGACAUCCGGCAGACGUGCCAGGACACCUCUGGCAUCACCCGCCUGAGUGGCGCCGUCUGGCGUUCGCCCAACGCACCGUGCACUGCAUGCAAGUGCAAGAACGGGAGCAUCUGCUGUUCUGUGGAGCUGGAGUGCCUCCAGAACAACUAGCCAACAUUCCACAGUGGUACCCCCUCACUAACCACCCACACACCCACC